AUGUCGUCGUCCUCCUCGGCGACGUCCACAUCCUCAGCAUCUGCCUCGGCGUCCUCCGCGGCGUCGGGCAGCGUUUCGGCCCCCAGCAACCUCAAGGUGGUCGGGAUCAUACUGGCGGUGAUCUCUGGUCUGCUGAUUGGGUCCAGCUUUGUAUUCAAGAAGAAGGGGUUGCUGCGCUCGCAGGCCGGGCAGGUAGCAGGGGAGGGAGUCGCGUAUCUCAAGUCGCCAUUAUGGUGGUUAGGGAUGACCAUGAUGAUUGUCGGCGAGCUAUGUAACUUUGCUGCAUAUGCCUUUGUUGAGGCAAUUGUUGUGACCCCUCUCGGCGCUCUAUCGGUCGUCGUCUGUGCCAUACUGUCCUCUAUAUUCCUCAAAGAGAAGCUCAGUUUCUUCGGCUGGCUCGGAUGCGGUCUUUGCAUCCUCGGCUCUGUCAUCAUCGCCCUCAACGGUCCCACAGAGGAGUCCGUAGGGCAGAUUAGGGAGUUUCAGAAGCUCUUCCUCGCACCCGGUUUCCUCGCUUACGCGGGCGUCCUCAUCGUCGCAGCCGCUGUCAUCGUAUUCUACUUUGGCCCGAGAUAUGGCAAACAGCACAUGUUAUGGUACAUCAUGGUCUGUAGUAUGAUUGGGGGUAUCUCUGUUAGCGUUACUACCGGCCUCGGCGCCGCCAUCGUCACCUCUGCACAAGGAGAUAAUCAGUUCAAAUACUGGUUCAUCUACUUCCUCAUGGGCUUCGUCGUCGUCACACUCCUCACCGAAGUCUAUUACCUCAAUGUAGCGUUAGCAUUGUUUAACACAGGCAAGUCUCCUCUCACACCGACGUACUAUGUCAUAUUCACCUUCUUUUCCAUGGUUACAACAAUCGUCUUGUUCAAGGGCCUUGCCGCCCCUGCCAACCAAAUCAUCACGAUGGUCAUGGGCUUCCUCGUCAUCUGCGUCGGUAUCACGAUCCUCCAGAUGUCCAAGGUCGACCCCGGCUCCCUCAAGAAGCUCGAUCGCCGCUCGACCAUGCUCCUGCAAGCUGCGCGCUCGCAAACCGAAGGCAUGGACGAGAAGGACCCGGAGGCCUUCGAAGAGCCCGGCAUAGACACUCUGCGCGGCUCCUUCGGUGCGAUGGGUAGCGUCAUCCGCGCACGGAGCGCGAGGAGAGCGAGCAUGAACAGCAACCUUUCCCAUCGCUCUCGCCCACUUGGCGCUGCCGCGCCCAUUGACCGGACACCGACCUGGUUGCGCAACGAUCCUACAACACCUGGAUCUGCACCUGCACGAACGCUCAGCCAGAUGACGAAGCAUCAGCUAUACGACGCGCCGGUACCAGGAGCGAUGUCCGAGGGCCGUGCUUCCCGUACCGCGUCGAUGGCGAGCUCCCAAUUGGCGGCACGCCAACCGACGAUCAAGUUCGGGGCGGAGGAUGUCGUUCACCAAUACCAUCCCACAAGCGCACUGCCAGGCGCCUUCGACACCAGCGCAAUACACGAGCAUCGCGCAGCCGUCGGGUCGCCAGCACCACCGAACUCCGCGUACCCGCCAGCACCGUCAGAUAGCGGCGUCGACUUCCUCGGGACGAACCGCGCGGGCACUGAGAGCGAGCGCGGAAACAGCAUGCUCUUCCCACCAGACUUCCCUGACGAACCGGGCGUGCAGAGCGCGCCGCCUACGGUGCUCCGGCGCUUUGAAACUGAGGCGAUGCGCCUGUCGCCCGAUGCGCUCGUGCCACCGCCGCGCACCGGCAGCAUGCUCUCCUUCCCGAGCGUGACCGACAGCGCGCACAGCCGGCCGAGCUGGACGCUCGAGGACGACUACAAGGAGGGCAAGCGCGAGCGGCCGGGGACUCAGGAGCGCGGGCGGUCCGCGCGGUCGUCGAGGCACUACCCGCGGGGAACGGAGGACGAUGACAGGGAGGAGAGCAUGAGCUUGUGGCGAGGUAGCACUGCAGCGGAGACGGGCUCGGAUUCGGAUACGGCAUCGGACUCGAGUCUGGCGGCGCGUGGGGGGAUACGGCUGGUGCCAUCGAGGACGUGA